AGUCUCGUCUCCAUGGCGACGCGGCGUCUACGGCCCUUCGCUCCCAACACCAAGCCUACCAGGAGCUGGGCUAGCUUUCUGUGUCAACCCUUCAAAGCUGGUCGGCGUGAGAGGGCCACAGGCGGGUAAGAGGCGCCGCAUCGACCACAGUCGCCCUCUCCCCAUCCCAGCGAGCAGCCUGACCCAGUCCUCACCCCGGACUCCCCCAAGACCGGCGCCUGAGCCCGCAAACUUCUCUGCCUACUCCAGGUUCAGACUCUGGCGCCCCAACGCAGCCGAGGCGGCGCGCGAGCAGGAAUCAUCUAGACAAGACAGAAGCUAUAAAGAAAAAGUGAUGAUUGAACCAAAUGAAGCAAUGUCAGAGUGAAAUGAACGAAAAUGUAGUCAUUACAGAGCAGGAGAAAAAUAAUGAAUGUUCCCUUGAGGAUACUGAUGAUAAGUUGUCUGAAUCAACAGAUGAUGAUGAGGAGGAGGAUACCAAUGAUGAAGAUAAUGAGGAAGACAGUAACCCUAAUAAGGAUACUCAUGCCCCAUUAGAGUUAAUGACAGAAUUCCUGAGAGCAGAAAUGGGCCAAGACUACUAUUUGGCAAAAAAAUUAUGUCGGAAGAUCCUAAUCUAUGAACCAGAAAAUCCUGAGGCCAAGGAGUUUUUCUCACUUAUUGAAGAAAUGCUGCUGAUGGAGAAAGAUCAAAAUCUGGAGGAAGAUGAUGAAGAGAGUGAAGAAGACAGUAGCGGUGAGAGUGCAGGGGAGAGCAGUGAGGAUCCAAGUGAAGAAAGCUCAGAUGAAUGUGAAGAUGCGUGAUGACAGUUGCUGCUGUAGAUUAAUCUUCAUGUAUGUUCAUUACUGUAUAC